AAUCAAACCAAAAUCCUAGUUUGUAACUUUCAUUCGUUCGAGUAAUUUCGAUCAUUUUAAUUUUUUUAAGUAAGUUAGAGGAAGUUAUUGCAUUAUUCGACUUUAUUUCAUUUUUAAGUUUAUUAAAAUUAUCAGGGUAUUUCAUUUUCGAUUUGAAAAACUUAAGAAAGAAAAUUUUUAAAUAUCCGCGGUUCAAACUACUGAUUCCAUUUUUCACCAUUUGUGCCGCUAGUACUGCAGAAGCAGACGCAGUUCGCAAAAGCAUUCCAUUUGACUGUUCUCAAGAACCGUCAGUUUCUUUGAUCGCGUGAGGUGCUUCUUUAAGACAGUCUUUAUAAAUUUUUGUAUGAGUCAAAAGGUAGAAAAACCAGUCUUAUCCGGUCAACGCAUCAAGACCAGAAAAAGAGAUGAAAAAGAAAGAUAUGAUCCAGUUGGAUUUAGGGAUGCAAUAAUCUCAGGACUCGAUAAAUGUUCGAAUGAUUUUGAAUCUAUAUCACGCUUUCUGGACGGUGCUGGCAAUAAAUUAGAUUACCGUCGUUAUGGAGAAUGUCUCUUUGAUAUCCUCAUCGCUGGAGGAAUCCUUGUUCCAGGUGGUACUCUUUCUCAAGAAGGAGAAGGACCAUGCAAGACAGAUGCAUGCAUAUUCAGUACUCCAUCCGAGAUCAACAUGGAGGUAAUGAAGAAUUGGGAACAGGUCUUCAUCAAGCUCAUGAGAAGAUAUAAAUAUUUAGAGAAGAUAUUUCAGGAUGAGAUCAAGAAGAUUCUUGUGUUUGUGAAGUAUUUCAGCGAGGAAGAAAGGAAAAAGCUUUCUGUCAUGGUAUCUUUGUGGAUUUCAAAUGGGAGCAUCCCAUUUAAUGCUAUUACUGUAUUGAACAGCUCCUACCUGGUGAAGGACAAUCUGGCUUUGGACUUUCUUAUUGAAGUGUUUAAAUGUUGGCGCCAAGAACGUGGAGUGAACUCCCUUUAUUCAGCUAUCAAGAAGUCCAACAUUGAAUCUUUACUCAUGAGUUUUGUGCCAGAUACCAAACAGGCACAAACUUAUUUCCGCACUGCCUUCAAGGAAAAUGGUUUGGAAGAAAUAUUGAAGCUUUAUUAUGACCAAAGCCAACAAGUGGCUAAGAAAGAGUUACAAACAUUGUUACAAGACAGUCUAACUGAGGGAAAAGCUCAUAAAGAAAUAGUGAAUGAACUUAAAGAAAUGGCUGCCAAAGAAGAAAUUCAACCUCAUGAAACCAUCUGCAUCAUCUGGACCACCGUCAUGGCUAUUCCUGAAUGGUCCAAAAAAGAAGAGCUGGUAACAGAUCAGGCAGUACGCCACUUACGGCAGUAUGUUGCACUCUUCACAGCAUUUGCACAAACCGAGCGUGCCCAGCUCAGUCUUCUGCUCAAGGUUCAGGAGUACUGUUACUCGAAUAUGACAUUUAUGAGAGCCUUCUUGAAGAUUGUGAUGCUCUUUUAUAAAACAGAUGUCCUACCUGAACAAGUUAUUAUCAAAUGGUACAAGCAAGAUUACAGUGUCAAAGGAAAAAUGAUGUUUGUCGAUCAAAUGCGCCAGUUUGUAGAGUGGCUACAAAACGCCGAAGAGGAAAGCGACUCAGACGGGAGUAGCGACUAGGUGACUAAAAUGCCCUUUGAGAAAUGAAGAAUAGUGCCACACCAAUACUGUUUCAGCUUUUUUUUCUUAAUAAAUUUUCCUUAUUUGAAUGAAUAUUUCUGGUGCCUUACUUCCAUUAAUAUGAGGCAAAUAGUGACCAAGGAUAUGAAUAUCUUUUUAAAUUAUCAUGAAAACAAAGAAAAAAAUGCUGAACAUCAGAAUUUUACAAUGGAAGAUGGAAACUAUGUUAUUUAAUAAAAUGAUUUAUUGUCAAUUUUUUCAUUAUACAAAAUAAAUUCCAGUAUAACUUUUCCAUUUUUCAACUGAAGAUCAAUGUUUGAAACUUUAUUUCUUAUAAGGGAUAUGUUAUUUUAAUUAUUUGAAAAUCAACUCUCAAUAUUUUGUUUAAGGAAUCAAUAAAAAGGGCCAUUAAGUUCCAUCCAAUUUGGCACUUUUUAUAAUAGGUACUAAUGUAUUUUCAUUUAACUAAAUAUUUUUCAAUGUCCAGAAUUUCAACAACCUACCUCUGAUAUAUUUCAUAAUUCUUAUUUUGUAAUUAUAUUAUCUGAAAAUUGAUUAGUUUGAUAAAAACUCUAAAUUAUUUUAACUGGUGUUGAAACUAUCUUGUCCUGUUAUAAGUCCAAACAAGAUGUAUAUUUCAAAAGUCUUAGAUUAAGUGAACUGUAAAAAUUGUAAAAGAAAUAACAGACUUUUUUUCAAUUCA